UCAGAUAUAUUCUGUGGGGACAAGAGACAGACGUGCAAUUUGAUUAAAUUGAAUAUUGAUACAAUUUACAAAUUCAAAGUUUAAGUUUUUUCACAAAUAUUUUUGUUUUAUUGAAUUUUAAUUUUUCACUGUUGUACAAAAAGCUGCCCAUAAUUUUCUACUUAUUUUUACAAAACUUAUCGUUAGAUCUAAAACAGUAAAAAUGUUGUGAAUGCCAAAAUCAAAACUUGACUGUGUGGAAACUGUGUCAGUGGGUAAAAACGAACUCGACACAAUAAUUUCAGUUUUAUGACAUGGAUAGUGUAAGAAAAACUGACGAUGUAACAUCGGCUGAAGGAAAUCUGCUACAACCUCCAAAAGAAUUCACAACUGCGGCUCGAAAUCCAUUGAUGAAAGUUCGAACUUAUGUGUUGGCGCUGCGUCCGUGGUCGCUGAGCGGCAGCCUGCUGCCUACUUUGUUAGGCGCAGCAUUAGCAUACCGGCUGCCGGGAGAUAAUGGUUUCAGCUGGCUUACAUUAUUUCUUACCAUGAUUACAGUAAUUCCAGUCCAUGGAGCAGGCAAUGUAGUGAAUACAUAUUUUGACUUUGUAAAAGGUAUUGAUAACCGUAAAUCAGAUGACCGAACUCUAGUUGAUCACAUACUAAGUAUAGACGAAGUUGUAUCUCUUGGAGCUAUACUUUAUAUGUCUGGAUGUGUAUUUUUUGUACUGCUAGUAAUAAUGUCACCUGCUCAAAUGGAACAUUUAGCUCUAGUGUAUUUUGGUGGUCUCUCCUCAUCAUUUUUAUACACAGGUGGUAUAGGUUUAAAGUAUAUAGCUUUAGGAGAUAUAAUUUAUCUAGUCAUAUUUGGCCCGGUUUCUGUUGUUUUUGCAUUUUUGGCCCAAACAGGAAGAGUAGUUUGGCCUAUUUUUUACUAUGCUGUACCAUUAGCUUUAAAUACAGAAGCCAUUUUGCACAGCAAUAACACUAGGGAUUUAGAAGCAGACAGUAAAGCAGAAAUCGUGACAUUAGCAAUUUUAAUAGGAAAGACUGCUUCUCAUUUAUUAUAUGCAUUUUUACUAUUUACGCCAUAUAUUAUGUUCGUUGUGGCUUCUGUAAGGUGUUCUUUUUGGUUUUUGCUUCCAAUGCUUACCUUACACCAAGCUUUUGAAAUAGAGAGAAGGUUCCGUCGGCCUGAAACAAUGCAGUAUGUGCCCAGGCAAACUGCUAGGUUAAAUUUUUAUUUUGGAAUGUUGUAUGUAAUAGCCUGUCUCCUUGCAUCAAGACUACCAUUCCUUAUAAGGGAAUAAAUAUUUUGUAUAUAUGAAAUAGGCAUGUACUUAAAUUUUCAUACAUUAGUACUAUCUGGUUGCAAUAUUGUUUUUUUGUCAAGUGAUACAUGUAUGUAUUACAUUAAUUAUGGCUUAUAAUAUAUUUACAGUAUGACCUGUAAAUGUUUUUAAUGUACUGUGUUCGAAAGUUUUAGGCGGCUAUAAUUAUAAAUAAUGUUUAACAUUAUGAAAUCAUUGUUUUUUUUUUGCAAUUUGUACAUCUGUGUGGUUGCUACAUAUAACUUGUUAAGAAAUGAUGCAUAAAUAAAUUGUGUGUGCUGAAUACAUUGUUAAUGUCAAGGAUAAGACUUAUUCAUAUGUAAAAUAGAUAAUACAACAAGAUUGUGAAUAUUUAUGAAUAAUAUUUGGAAUACCUCUUUAAUAAUCUCACUGGUACUACCUCUUUAUACUGAGUAGUAGCAUGGUUGACAUUUUAUUAAAAAAAAUAUAUAUAGUUUUCAGCAAAUAAGUUGGGUAAAGUCAUUAAAUGUGCAGAAGUUGUUUUUAGGUGUUUUCCUAUUAAAAGUAUAUGCACAAAGUCAAUCUUAUACUGCAUGCUUAGGGUUAUAACUCUAUGUUUGAAUUUGACCAAUUUUGUUUAGUUAUAUUAUCAUUGUUAUAAAAUGCAAAUUCUUAUUAGUGUGGUAUUUUAUUGGUAGUUAGCACCUAUCAAUGGGGCAUAAAACACAAAUUUGUCUGUUUAUCUGAUCACUUGCAAUUAGUGGAAUUUAUGCUGGUCUUAAAUUGUAAGAAUGUUUUUUAUGUAUGAAAGUAUAUAUUGUAUGUAUAUAUAUAUAUAUAUAUAUUAAGAAUUGACAAUAAUUUAUGUUUAAAGAAAUAUAUUAUUAUACCUUA